AUGACAGCAACAAACAACAACAGCAACUAUAUCGUUUCUGAUGAAAAAGUUAUUGAUUCAUUAGCUGAGGAAUUAGUUACGGCAGAAACUAAAACCCUCAACGAAAGAAUUGGUGAAAACAAGAUUGAUUUACAUAACUACCUCAAACACGAUGGAGGAAGAGGAAGGAAAACUGGUAUGGCUUUAUUAGUAAAUAAAAUUUCAAAUUUAACGAUUAUAGAUGUUGAUAUCAAUAAAUCGUACAAUGAUGAACUUAAAGAAACAGUUAGAAAAGACAUUCUAUCAAAACUUUCGGAUAAAGAUGUUAUCGUUAAAACCGCUUCAGGAGGUCUUCACAUUUAUUGUAACACUAAUUUCUUCUAUUCAGUUUCGAACAGAAUGAUUAAAUGCUAUUCCUGCAAUGAUUAUGAUAUUGACAUAAUGACUUCUAUGGAUGAUUCAAAGCGUUCUUUAGUAGUUAUGGCUGAUUCAAGAGUUCGCAAGAAUGCAACAGAACCAAUCAAUACAUACUCAUUCAUUCGUGGAAGUUACGACUCAACAUUAACCAGAACAGUGAAUGAUAUAUUAAAUGAUUUGAAUAUUAAGGUAAGAGUUGAACAGAAGAACGAAGAAAUAAAGAGUAUAAUGAAUGAAAACAAAGAUGUAAACAUUGACGAUAAACUUGCCCAGAGCAUAGUUGAUGGCAUCUGUGAUUUUGAAGUACAUAAUGACGGUGGAAACAUGAAUUUAGAAAAAGAAAUAACAUUAUUCACACUGUUUCAAGCUAUUAAUUCGUUACCUAAUCAUUUAAUUAAUGAAGCAUACGAUAACGUUUAUAACUUCUGCAGUUUAACAGAAAAUGCAAAAAGUAAUUUUGAAAAAGCACGUAGUAGAUACGCACAUUUAAUGACUUCUCCAUUUGUUUUAGUGAAGAUUCUAAAACUAUAUCAAAAAGAAUAUUAUGAUGAAUACGUUUUACCUUUAUUACGUAAGCCAAAAAUAACAUUUGAUAUAAAACUUGAUGACUCGUUUUUGAUAACAGAUAUUAGACGCAAGGCUGAAAAUCAUCAGUAUAAAAACAGUUCUGAAGUAAUUGAGGAUUUAUCACGUGUAAUCCGUUUUGUAGAUUGUGGAAAUAAAUAUUUCAUUCAAAAGGAUUACAACAUACACGACAAAAUGAAUCAAAUAUCAUUCGUUCUUCAAUCAGCCAUGAAAGAGUCACUCAAAAUGAUUAAAUUAUUUAAAGAAGAAGGUAAAACAAUAACAGCAUGGGAC